AACAUAUAGGUGUGAAUGUCAACAAGAGAGCACGUAUCCUCCCUCCCUCAGUCAUCAGAUCUCUCCACUUGCUCCGCUCUCCAUUUCCAAAACGACAGAAACAAACGCUCUGAAGCAGAGAAAGAAUAUUGGGCAACGUGAUUCUUCUAGACUCUUUACUGUAACCAGCCAGUGUUCUUCCAUGACGCCCAGGCAACCCGCCAGGAACAAGGAUGGCCUAACCUUGCCCACGGGGCGCGACGUCACCAUGUUAAAGAAAUUCUUGGUCUAUAAAGGAGGCAUUCUGGUUUAUCUCCAAACAUAAUCCAUUUUUUUAAAGCUGGAAGAACGGACCUGUUUGAGACCAAUCAAUUAAACCAUAAAUGAACAAUGGCGCCGACGAAUGAAAGACAAAUGAACGAUACCUCUAGUAAGGCCUCAGCGAGCCUUGCAGAGCCCAAGGGGAAGCGGCCCCCAGUGCUUGUGGACGGCGUGACUCUGAACGGCCCCACGCUGGACAUCCGGGAAGCAGAGAGCUUCCUCAGAGACGCCAUGCCCAUCAUCAUGGAGGAGGCCGUCUGGAAGGCUACUGACAUCAAGGAGAAGGUGUGCGAGUGGCGCUCUCCAGAGCAGCUGAAGGACCUAUUAGACCUAGAGCUGAGGGAAGGAGGCGAGACACAUCCCCAGAUACUGCAGCGCUGUCGGGACGCCAUCCGAUACAGUGUCAAGACCGGACAUCCUCUGUUCUUCAACCAGCUCUAUGCAGGCAUGGACCCUUAUUCACUAGUGGGCCGAUUCAUCACAGAAGCUAUCAACCCCAGUCUGUACACAUAUGAGGUUGCUCCAGUGUUCCUGCUGACAGAGGAGGCGGUUCUGAAGAAGAUGAUAGAGAUCAUUGGAUGGCAGGAAGGAGGGGACGGCAUCUUCAGCCCAGGUGGCUCUGUGUCCAACAUGUAUGCUGUGAACGUGGCCAGGUACCACCACUGUCCUGACGUGAAGGUGCUGGGCCUGUCUGCCUUGCCUAGACUGGUCAUGUUUACAUCACAGGAGUGUCAUUACUCUGUUGCCAAAGCAGCAGCUUUCCUGGGAAUUGGCACCAACAAUGUUUAUGUGAUCCCGUCAGAUAAGAGAGGGAAGAUGAUUCCAGCAGAGUUUGAGAAGCAAGUACAGAGAGCCAAAGAUGAGGGAGCUUUGCCCUUCAUGGUGAACGCCACAGCAGGGACCACCGUACUAGGGGCCUUCGACCCGCUGGAGGAGAUAGCUGACAUCUGUGAACGACACAAUCUAUGGAUGCAUGUAGAUGCAUGUUGGGGAGGAGGAGCCCUGGUGUCUAAGAAACACAGAUACCUGCUACAGGGCAUUCACAGAGCCAACUCAGUAGCAUGGAAUCCUCACAAGAUGCUGAUGGCUGGUCUACAGUGCUGUGCAUUCAUGGUUCGGGACAAAACGGUACGCUAAACACGGCCUCCUCUU